AUAUAAAUGCAUCUGAAUGUUUCACUCAUUCCUUUGAGUGAAAUGUUGAUAUUUUACUUGUUUGCUUCCUACUUGGGAACAUAAAGCAGUCCUAAACAUUUCUGAAAGCAUAAAAAAGAAACCCAAACACCAACAGUCACUGUGCACACUGUAACUUUCUGUAAUAACAGUGCUGCAGAGGUUUUAGUCGCUGGAAAUAUAAUAAAGAACCAAGCCCUUUCUAUUAAACCUGGCCCCUCUCCUGCUCAGCUCCAGCACUUAGAAAACUCCCUCCAGUCUUUGUUUUCCUGCUGUCUGUCAGGAUCGGCCAGUCCUUUUAUCUGCUGCUCACAGCUGCUGGUACUUGAUGCACAGACCCCCAGAUCCAGCUCAUUACAACACUUGGUCAGGGUGCUGACAGAGUCUGCAGAAGUGCUGGCUGAUGAAAAUGAAAAACUAUGCCUUGCUUUUCCACCUGCUCUGUAUCGAUCUCCACGCUACGCUGGUGCUGUCGAAGUGGUGUCCCCAUCCGUGUUUUUGCAGCAAGGGGACGAUCGACUGCAGCAGCCAGAGCCUGACAGCGGAGAGCCUGCCGGAGGGCUUCCCCGUCAACGCAUUGGAGCUUCGGCUCAACGACAACAAGCUGACCACCGUCCCCAGCGGCCUCUUCGAUCGUCUGGGCAAGCUCAGGGCGGUCUCCCUGGACGGGAACCCAUGGUCCUGUGACUGCGAGAUCCUGUACCUGCGCGCCUGGCUUCUCAAACAGGAGAACCGCACUCUGUACAAGACCGUGGCGUGCAACUCCCCGGACAGCCUGAAGGGCCGCCUGGUGAUGUACCUGGCAGAGGACGAGGUGCAGUCCGGCUGUCAGUACGGGUACUGUAACGUCGCAUUCGUUUUCCAGGUCGUCCUCUUCGUCCUCAUCGCAGUGCAGGCCGCCUUGCUGCUGCUCGUCAUCGUGUUUCUCCGGCGCUUUGAGAGGAUCUCCAGCGAAGCGAAGAGUACGGAGAGGGAGGCUCUUCAGGGAGAGUCGAGCAACUUCUUAUACGCGCAGAUCAAGGAAAGCUAUCGCCACUAACUAGCUUUCUAAAUAUAAUUAUCACCAUUGUUAAAGUUGCACGGGUCAUCUGUCCUACUGUUAACAAAGACCAUGGAAAUAAAACAAAACUAUUGUUGUUAUUAUUAGUAUUAUGUAUUUGUAAUGCACAUUUCUAGAAUUAUUCCAGUAAAACAUCACACCUCAACCUGCACCAUUUAAAUAAGAUAAGAGCUGUAUCUUCGCUCUUAUAACAGCUGUAUGUAAAUGGCCGUGUAACUUACUUGUGUGUAGAGCACAAUCAGUGCUGCAUCUGAUUAAAAGAAAAUCUGUCUUUGA